AAAAAAUAAAUGGCUCAAGAUUAGAGAUCUCCUUUUGAAUUGAGAAUAUGGCAUUUCUACACAGAAGAAGAGAAGUCAAUAACAUUACUCAAUGCAUACAAACAAAGAGUAUUGUUUUCAGAAGAUAUAAAAUCUUUUCUUUUAAAGGAUAGAUUAAAUACAUGGUCUUAUUGGGGAUUCCCUGCUGCAUGUUAUGCAUUGUUCCACUAUACUGGAGCAUUAUAACCAUAUAUUGCAACAAAAUACUCAGUAGGUGCCUAAAGAUUGAUUCCUGCAGCUAUAAGUGGGUUACUUUGGUUGGGUUGGGUUCAUUUCAAUCCAUUUUACACAACUUUAUAAAGGUAUGAAAAUGUUGAAAUAUUAUAAUAGUGAAAAGUUGAAUUUGUUAAAUUUGAUAGAGAGAAGAGUAGGUCUUAAUAUGAAAGCACUUAAUGAGUAAGUACCUCGUACUUGGACAGCAUAAGAGAUUCAUAGAUAAAUGAGAGAAGCUUAUAACAAUAGACAUGGAUUCUUUACAAAUAUAUUAUAUCCAAGUGAGGAAAGAGCCUCUCCAUUAUAGGAUAUUUCAUCAUAUCCAUUCAAAUAUAGAAGAGAUAGAAUUGUUAAAUGAUAAAUUACAAUAUAUCAUUUAGAAAUAAAAUCAUAUUAUAU